AUGUCGUCCGACGAAGAAGAAUCCAUAAGCUCAACACCACGCUUGCACAGCAUGGCCGAUGACGAUAACUUGGACACUGAAGAUGCCACGUCGCUACGCAAUUCACCUGCAAUGACACCUACACAACGCCGAGCAUCGUCGUCAAUGACACUAGACAUAUCAGACGACAAAGCUGUAGACGACAACGAUACCAAGACUUCGCCUAUCCAACAACGCAUUAUCGACUUUUCGGUCAACCCUGCUGCUUUGAAUUGCAAAACCUAUGAUUGUGUUCCAUUGGUGGCUGCUCUUCAUCCAGCACAAAUUUAUACUGUUGCGGCAACAAAGUGCUUCCGAUGGGUGUUUACUGGAACCGAUGAAGGAUACAUACGCAAAUGGGAUUUCUAUGCAUCGAUGAAUGGCAAAUCAGCACUUACACAGGCUCAAAGACAUCACCAUGUCGACUCUGUAACCAUGUCCGGUGUGAUAUGUUCAUGGUGGGAAAAUGAGGAACAACCAGCGCCUGUCAAAACGGAGCCGUCUACAGAAGCUGGAUCGACCGUGCCAUCAUCAGCAUCCUCAGUUGGCGACGGCAACAAGCUAUCACCAGUGUACAGCAUGGAUGUGCAAUCUGAAGCUUUAUGGGGCCUAACGGGUAUGGAAAGCGGCAAUAUCAACCUUGUGACUAUACGACAUGAGGAGGGCAAGUGCCAUCACGUUUUACGCAAUCAUACGGCACCAGUGUCUGUGCUGCAAAUCACACCGCAAGAAACAGGCGUGAUCAGUGGAUCUUGGGAUAAAUCGGUUUUGGAAUGGGACCUAAACACGGGAUCCGUCGUUCGUAAUUAUGGUGGUCACAGCUCUCAAAUAUCAUCAGCAUCAUUCCGACCCAUAUACAAAACGUCUUCCUCCAGCAAUGAAGGUGAUCUUGAAACGGACAAAUCAACGACUGAGAAGGAGGACACCACCACCACCACCACCACAACAACAACAACAACAACAACAACCACUGAUCAGCCAUCAUCGACAAAAGUAUACGAGGAAAAGGAUGAGAACAUCUUCUUGACAACCAGCUUUGAUGGUCAAUGUUUUAUCUGGGAUCGGCGAGAACCCGAAUCAGCUGUGAGGAAACUUGGAUUACCAGAUAAGACUCCUCCAUGGUGCCUUUCGGCGUGUUGGAGUGCUGAUGGAUCCAAGGUUUAUAUGGGAAGGCGAAAUGGUCAAGUGGACGAAUGGGACUAUGCAGCACAAAAGUUGAUAAGAUCUUUCCGGAUGCCAGCCAAUUCUGGUCCUGUGUCUUGUGUGGCAAGUAUGCCGAAUGGGAAGCACAUUAUAUGCGCUUCCAACGACAAUGUGCGCCUCUGGAACACGGAGCUCGAGUCAUCGUUCAAUAUAUACCCUGAAGGAGCAGAAAGGCCGGCCAAGACAUCCAAUACCAUCCCCUUUACAAUUUUGCCUGGUCACCAUGGUGGAUGCAUAUCGCAUAUAGUGAUUGACCCCACAUGUCGUUACAUGAUUACCACAUCAGGGAACCGAGGAUGGGAUGGUGUGUCCACCAACGCAUGUUUGUUUUAUGACAUUGCUUCGAUUGUCUGA